AUGAGCAGAAAAAUACACACCGACAACUCAACGAUAGUGUGGCAGAUUUCGAACCAAAGUCUAGUUAAACUAGACAUAGGAGGAACAGUAUUUAAAUGCUACCGUGAGACCUUGUACUCCUUUCCAGAAUCAAAGCUUGCUCGCUUGCAAGAGGAUGACUUGGUACUCGAGACCAGUACGGACAGGAAUGAAUACUUCUUUGACAGAAAUCCAGUCUUUUUCAAUAUCAUACUGGACGCGUACAGAAAAGGUGUUGUCCAUCUGCAGAAAGACAUAUGCGGGUUGGAUUUUAAGAAAGAACUGGAUUUUUGGGAAAUUUCUCCGGGCCAUGUUGCCCCGUGUUGCUGGGAAGCCUAUUACAGGGGUCAGUCCGAAGAAGAUACCAUGACACGCCUGAUGGAAAACUACAGGGAAAACACGAACAUCUGGGCAGUGUUUAUGUCAUUUAUUGUGGUAAUAUCGACGGUUUUACUGUGCAUCGCAACCUUGCCCAUCGCAUUUGACAAGAGUUCUGAAGAGGAUGAUAAAAUUCUCCAACGAAUGGUAGAUAUUUUCGGCUUUAAAAAUCAAACGGGGAAAAAGUUGAAAGAUUUGAAAUGGAAUGAUGCAUUCUUAACAACUGAAUAUUCAUAUAACGAGAAAAUGAACAACGCAUUUAGCGCAAUGUACUGGGCGUUGAUCACCAUGACAACAGUCGGAUACGGAAAUUACGUACCGGAAACAGUAUUAGGCCACGUAAUUGCUUGCGCAUGCGCAGUGUGUGGUGUUAUUAUUUUGGCUCUGCCAAUUGGGGUUAUUUCGUCAAAUUUUUACAGGUUUUAUAAUUAUCACAAAUAUGCAGAGAGACGCUUGACCGAGUAUGGAGCUCAUCUUAAAGGAAAAGUAUAUCCGUAUCAUUCCAAACGAUCGACUACAGCAAUGUAG